AUGUUUGGCAAUAGGUACGGUGCACACCUUGAAACACCCGCGGGGAAUGAUGAGCCAAACCAUCUGUCUGCCCGGGGCACUCCGGGUCUUCGCUUCACGCCAUUGCUGAACGACCAAUCUGGUCUCCGAUUUACGCCGUUCCUUGAUGACCAUUCAGUUCUCACACCGAGUACAAACCACCCUUAUCAAAAUUACAAUCCUGGCAGCUUGAACACAGUCUUCCAUGGCCCGGCCGGAGACCUGCACACACCACUCAUGGAGUCAAACCUGAUGACACCAAAAACGCUUCUUGAACAAUUUGCGGUCACUCCUCUACAUAGAAAUAACAUCGACCCAUUUCAUGAUACUUCAAACACGCAAUACUUCGCACAAGAGCCCCAAACUAUGUCUCCUGGCAAUCAGAAUGCUGCGUAUCCACCGAGCGCAUUCGUUCACUCCCAUGUAGCCGAUACUGCUGCCACUGGAGCUGACGAAGCAACCUUUCUGAACAACGUCGAUAAUGGAGGAAAACUGAAUUCCCAGCUUGUCACCCCCCAAUACAGCAAUCCACCGGAGAACUACCCAAACCAUGAGGAUCACCAGUAUCAGGUGACAUUAAACACGCCGACAGCCAUGGUGAAUGAUCCGAAACACCCACCUAUCACAUAUCUCAACAAAGCUCAAAUAUACCCUCUUUCCGUUGUCGAUUCUCGGCCGCCGUUGACCAACGAAAUCGUCAGAUAUCGAACCUGGAUUCGUGUCACGUUCGACGAUGAUGAACAAGCUUCAAAUCCUGCCGCUUCUUGGGCCCUGUGGAAGGAGGCUCGGGGACAUGAAGCGUAUCGAAAAGACGGCAACCUGUAUGCUAUUGAGUUUGUUGGCCUAUUCCAAGAGAAUGAAGGUCAAACCUGUGAUCAUAUCCAACUUGAAAAGAUAUCGCUCGACGGAUUUUGUGUCACGUGGUACUCAGACCCAAGCACAGGAAGACAAGGCUGCUCAAUGGGAGUCCGGUUCCAUUUCCUUUCAACAGACUUCAGCCACACAAAGGGUGUUAAAGGGGCUCCAAUUAAGCUAUGCGCCAAGACUGAGACUCUCGCUCCAGGCCCUGCUGAGAUUAGCUAUUGCAAAGUCAAACUGUUCCGUGAACAUGGGGCUGAGCGGAAAAUGUUCAAUGACGUUUCUCAGCUCAAACGAGCAAUUGAACGACGCAGGCAAGAUUUCGUCAAAGCCGAGAGCGGGGGUGAACACCUUGGCAAACGAAAACGAGGAAGUCGCAAUGUACUUUAUAAGAGUGACAAGGAGAUCGAAGAUGAGAGGAGAGAUCAACUGCAAAGAAACUUGGACGAGGAAUUGUCCAUGAUGCAAAACAGAUUCUAUUCCAAUCGAUCUGUGACCACCUUCUGUCUUCGCGGCAGUGUGAAGGAUGAUCCUGAUAGGUUCCCAAUCACCAGAGAGGAUGGCGAAACGCAAAAAGCAGACCGAUUCGAUCAAAUGACUCUGCAAACCUUGACACCUCCGUCAACAUUACGCAGCGUGUCGAGAAAUUUGUCAUAUAAUUCGACAGAUCACCGCUCACCUAAAGCCCACCAAGAAAUGUUCCCGCUCAUUCCGGACUUGUCUAUGGGACGAGCUAAUGCGGCAUGUAUCAAUUCAAAUACCAAAGCACCAGUUGCAUGUUUUUACCUCCGCUUCCAGAAAAGCGAAACAGAGAAGGAUGACUACCACACGGCAGUGUAUCUAACAGAACGCACUGCGAAGGAACUGAUGGCGAAGAUAGCCCACAAACAGCGCUUCAGUCAAGAUCAUAUAGUGCACCUGUUCCAUGUCAAAAAUGGAAUGAAAAUCAUCAUCGAUGAUGAUGUAGUACAGCGGAUCCCGGAUGGUCAGGAUAUGAUCGCUGAAGUGUCUGAGAUCUCGAGCAAUACGGCUACAGGUGGUGGUUCCACCAUCGAAGUUAGAUUAGACUUCUAA